AUGGAACCCGAGAUGGUGAGCACCACGGUGGACAACGCCCCUGCUUUUUUACAAUUAAAAGAGAAGUACAAACAAGAAUUGGUGGAAGAUACUCGCUUGAGUAAAGCCGCCGAUUUGGCGGCCAGACAACAUGUGCUCUUGACCAGCGAGGUCCCGGAUGCCUGGAAACGACCGCACCUCAAAGCCGUGAGCCGUCAAUUACGCCAUUGGACCAAAAAAGUGCGUCAACCCUUUGGAGCGCCCGCGGGGGGUGUGCGCGCCGCAGGGGCUACCACGCCCGGCGAGGAGGAUGAUUUUGAGGCGGGGCCUAUGCAAGCGUGGUUCACGCAAUUGGUCAAGGCCACCAAAGGUAUAAAACAAGGGUCCACGCCGGCUGGACCCAGAAAACCACCGGUCCCGCCUAAACCGAACAUCACCCCGAGUGCUAAAAAGAAACUCAAGUUUACACCUCAAGUGAGCAGCGCGGAGUUGGCACACGAGUUGCCUUUUUCAGAGGAGCCUGGCAAAGAACCGUGGGAUACCCCCAGUGAACGGGUGGACUCUAUCAAGAAAGCGGUCAAGUGCGGGAUUCGCAAGAAAGCCGCUGGGGUCGCCAAAAAGAAAGGCAUUAGUUUGGCUAAGAAAGCCUUGGAUUGGAAAACGUGGAAAACCCCGUGA